ACCAUGGUAACGAACGGAGAAAGGCACGUCCGCGCUGGUGACGUCACAGGCUGUUCCGAUAAGGGGAAGUUCCCUAAACCGAUAUUCCCUGCAUACGGAGCAAGGAGUAGGGAGCGCCCUGUGAAGUACACUGUGGAACGAAACACAGCCAGAGUCAUCGAUAAGGUAAAUCGAUAAGUCGACCUGAGGUGAUGUCCACUAGUCCCCUCCCUCCCCAUCUCAUACUUCUGAUAGAGACCUUCCCAGUUAGUCCCCUGACUCACUCACACACUAGAAUCAGGGCACUAACGAGGUUAAUUAACCCACACAGUGACAUGAAAAAUGCAACAUGCAAAGGAAAGUCUGACUACUUAAGAAAAUGCAAGACUGGGGCUUUCUUUUCAUGGUGUUGGACAAGGUGCAGUCCAAUUCCACAGUCAUUGGUAAGAUCUGGAUAAGAGCCCUGUUUAUAUUCAGGAUCCUGAUUCUGGGCACAGCAGCUGCAAUUGUAUGGGAAGAUGAGCGGUCAAGUCUUGAGUGCAAUACACGACAACCAGGUUGUGAGAAUGUCUGCUAUGACCUAAAAUUUCCCAUCUCCCAGAUCCGCUUUUGGAUCGUUCAGGUAAUCUUUGUAUCCAUGCCAACAAUACUGUACCUGUGCCAUGUCCUCCAUGUCGUUCACCAGAAGAACAAAGUGAGAGAGAGAGUAAGACACCAGCAUGACAACCAAGUGACAAACAUCUCCAACAACCCAGAUGAGGGUCGUGUUGAGUGCAACCUGUUUAUCAGCUAUCUUACACAUCUGUUCUUCAAGAUCAUCUUAGAACUUGCUUUCAUCAUCGGACAGUACUACCUAUAUGACUUCUUCAUGGGACAUAUGUUUACUUGUAAUUCAAGUCCGUGUCCCAACAGUGUUGAAUGCUACAUGUCACGUCCAACAGAAAAGAACAUUUUUAAUGUCUUAAUGCUAGCGGUGGCGUGUGUGUCCCUGCUUCUCAAUGUGAUUGAGGCUGUUUACCUGAUGUGCAGUAGAGCAAGAUGUUGCUCUGGGAAUAAUACAGAAAAUCCUGCAAGUUUGCAUUCAUCCUGCAAACUAAUCUAAUUAAUCUCAUCUAAUUUAAUAAAUUCUGAUCUAAUCCAAACAACACCUUAACUACCCAUUAAUGAACUUCUAAUUGGAUAUACCAUAGAAAAUGUAGAAAUUGGUUGUAGCUUUGUAGAUUUAAAUC